AUGGCCUCAGUACGAGAAGAGUACCGCAUAAGUUCUUACAGAAAGUUGCUCAUAGAGCUAUCGAAUGCACUAUCCACUAAAGAUCUGGAAGAGUUGGCAUUUGCUGCAGAGGACUUUCUUCCCUCGGGGAUAAUAGAAAAUACAGGAAGUGGGCUGCAGUUGUUUACUGCUCUACAGAGAGAUGACAAAAUUGGCCCAACGAAUUUGACUUUGCUACAGAAUAUGUUUGAGACAAUCGGCAGAGUGGAUCUCUCGCGGAGAAUUCAGGAUUUUUCAAUUACAACCGACAGAAUUGAGCCUGAAGCUAAGCUACAUGACUUAGUGAGCGAUGAGGGAAGGAAUGACAAUGAUCAUACAACUAAAGAAAGAGAUCCUUGUGACACAGUAAACCCUGCUGGAAAUAAAGAUGGGCCUGGUGACAUGGUGACUGAUGGGGUUGGGGAUGGUGAAGAUAUAGGAACAGCAAAAAGUGGUCCUGUGAAUACUACAGACACUACUGAAGGAUAUUUCAAAUACAGCAAUGCAUGUAUUAUCACAAAUUCACUUUUCUGA